UGCUUACAGAGUCGGAGUCCAGCCGGUGCAUUUUCUCAUAUCCACACGGCCAACAGCCCAGCUACUGCCAUGUCGUCCCUCUCCGUCCCGCCACCAAAAUGUCUCCAGAAAACCUUUGUGGCUCCGCAGCGACACAUGUUUGGACCCGGACCGUCCAAUGUUCCUGCUCGGAUCUUAGCGGCGGGGGCCGAGCCCAUCAUCGGUCACAUGCAUCCAGAAAUGCUCGAGAUAAUGAGCGACAUCAAGAGCGGGAUCCAGUACGCCUUCCAGACCCAGAACAACAUGACGAUAGCCGUGAGUGGCACGGGACACACGGCCAUGGAGUGUGCCAUCUUCAACGCCGUCGAGCCAGGGGAAGGGGUUCUCACUGCAGUCAAUGGGAUCUGGGGAGAACGGGCAGCGGAGAUGGCAGAGAGGAUGGGUGCCAGAGUUAAUUCCAUUGUGACAUCUGCGGGGGGAUAUUUCACCAGUGAAGAGAUUGAUCAGGCCCUGGCCAAACACAAGCCUGUACUGUUCUUCCUAACCCAUGGAGAAUCCUCCACAGGAGUAGUUCAUCCACUAGAUGGAAUUGGAGACAUUUGUCACAAGCACAACUGUCUGUUUCUUGUUGACUGUGUGGCUUCAAUGGGAGGUGCACCACUUUACAUGGACAAACAAGGUAUCGAUAUCCUGUACACUGGCUCACAGAAGGUCCUGAACGCCCCUCCAGGGACCGCCCCCAUCUCCUUCAGUGAAAGAGCUUGUCAGAAAGUAUUCAAUCGGAAAACAAAGCCGGUGUCGUUCUUCCUGGACAUGACCUGCCUUGCCAACUACUGGGGGUGUGACGGCAAACCGGCUAGAAUAUACCACCACACUGUGCCUGUGUCUGCCUUCUAUUCUCUCCGGGAGAGUCUGGCUAUCCUCGCUGAACAGGGUCUGGAGAACUCCUGGCAGAGACACAAGGAGGUAGCAGAAUACUUCCACGAAGGACUAGAGAACAUGGGCCUCAAACUGUUUGUGAAAGACAAGAACGCCAGGUUACCUACAGUCACCACUAUAGUAGCACCCCCUGGGUAUGACUGGAAGGAGAUCACCAGCUACACCAUGAAGAACCACAACCUAGAGAUCUCUGGAGGACUGGGACCAUCCGUUGGACAGGUGCUGCGUGUGGGACUCAUGGGAUGUAACAGCAGCAAGACAAGUGUUGACAUGGUGCUGGAGGCCCUGAGAGAUGCUCUCAGAUACUGCCAUAAGACCAAAUUAUAACAUGGAGUCUGAAAGACAGUUUAAGUCAGCUUUGAUAUCAGGGAAGAAAAAUGUAAUGGAUAUAUGUUGAAUCUGAAGAAAACAAAUUAAACUGAAAAAAAAAAAAAACAUUAUGGGUUUGUUUGUUACCUCUGACUCAAGUGUUGUGUAAACUUCUAAUAAAAUACACUGCUCAAAAAAAAUAAAGGGAACACUUAAACAACACAAUGUAA